AAAGCUAAGGAACAAAAUAUAGAGCUGCCUAGGUUUGUUGGUUUGAAAUAUCAUCCACCCUUCAAAGAAGUUCAGGGAGAACAUUUAGUUAAUGAUUCAGACUGGAAUAAAAUGGUUGAGGAAUGGGGGAGUGUGUCUUCCACUUACAUUCCUAUAUAUGUUGUUGAACUGCUGGAGCCCAGUGCAUUGCAAAUGAUAACAGUGGCUGUUGAUUCUAGUUUCCAGAAUGGUCAUGAGUCGACUAUAACUUCAAUUGAGCAAUGGGCUGACAGCUUGCUUGUAACUCCAUUUCUCCAAGAAUUGAAAGGUCUAGAAGCAUAUGAUCUUCCUAGUCUGUGCAAGCCCCAGAUUACUCCCCUAGAUCUGUUCUUUAAAGAAGUUAUGCCUCCCAAUGAAAGUGAUGGUGCUGAUGAAAAGGAAUGCAUUGAAGAUGAUGAUGAAGGAAGCCAGUUUGAUGGUGAUGAGGAAGAGUGCUCAAGUAGUGUGGAUGUGUCUCUGGAUGAAGAGUCACAGACAGAUGAGGAAUUGGAUGUUGAUGCUGAUACUAAUAAUAGAAUGAAGUUGGGUCAUGUGGAAGAGGAUGAAGAUGGGAGUGGAGUCAUUAAAGAGCACCACAAAAGGGCAGGAGCAUCUUGGGUUGCAACCCAUUUGCUUGAAGACUUUAGAAGCAAUAGGGAGAUGAAUGCUACCACUGUGAAAAAGCUAAUAUUUAAAAGGUUCAAUACUUACAUUCCAAAUUACACUUGCUGGAGAGGCCUAAAAUUGAUGAGGCAAAUUGUGGAAGGGAGGCAUGAGGAUGGCUACAAGCUUUUACCCCAAUACAUGGAGGUGUUUAGAGGUAGAAAUCCAGAUUCUGAGUGCUUCAUAAGGCCAUUGAUUGGUAUUGAUGCAUGUCAUUUGAAGGGCCCAUACCAAGGAAUUCUAUUGACAACAAUGGGUUUAGAUGGAAAUAAUGGACAGUUUCCCUUGGCUUAUGGUGUAGCUGAUACUGAGGAUGAAACAGAGUGGGGUUUUUUCCUUCAUGGGUUAGCAGAGGGGCUAGGGUGCAGUCAAGAUGCUUCUAGUCCACUCCAGGUACUUAUUUUUCUUAACAAAUCUGUAAUAUGCCAUAAUAAAGGGCUCAGCACUGUUAUGCCAAGAGCUUCAAGGAGGAUAUGUGUUUUACAUUUCUAUAAAAACUUUGCUUCCAAAUUUCCAGGUGCAUGGUUCCAUUCAUUUUUCUAUAUAGUUGCAAAUACCUUCUCAGAGUAUGUGUUCAAGAAAGGUAUGGAGAAGAUAAAGGAGGAAGAUAGUGAAGCUUAUGAUUGGCUUGAGACAAAUGAGCCAAAGACCCAUUGGGCAAGGCACAAAUUUUCUGCAGCCUUGAAGUGUGAUGAUAACACAAACAAUUUUGUGGAAUCAUUCAACAAGGCUAUUGUAGCACACAAAGCAAAGCCUACCCCACAGAUGUUGGAGGAAAUCAGAAAAUUGGUAGGUUCAAGGUUUGAAAAAAGGUUUUCAAUGGGAAGGAGUUGGUCCACUAAAGUCACCCCUUAUGUAGACAAGAAACUUAGGGCCUUAGCAAUGGAUUCUAGGGUCUGUUCUGAAGUGAUAGCAGCAGGCAGAGGUGAGUUUGAUGUUCUUGAUGGGAACACCAAUUUUACAAAUUACAAGAGACUGUAUGAUGCCAUAAUACACCCUAUUCCAGACCCAUGUAUGUGGGGGACAAGCACACUGUCAGAACUAGACCCACCAAAAACCAUGAAAAAGAAAGGUAGACCCAAGAAACACAAGAGAAGAGAUGGCAUUGAUGACGUGAUUGCAAAGAAGAAUGGGCAAGCUCAUGGAACAAAGCGUUGCAGCAAGUGUAAACAGUUGGGCCACAACCAUAGGACGUGUGGCCAAAGUAGAGAUCCUAAUGGGAAAUUAAUGAAGAAGUACAGCAGAAAGAAGAAGAAAGCUUGUGAGCUUGAUAAAAAUAGCUUAGAUCAUGUCUGAAGUAAUGAAGAUGUAAUAUGUUUUUUGUAUUCAAUAUGUUAUCAACCAAUGUAAAUGGUACUUAUAUAGUGGUGUAUAAAGCUUUUGUUUUUUG